AUGAGGCCGUUGUUGAACGACGAGAAAUAUGAGCGGAUGGUAAAGCUGUCGAAUGAGUUCAAAAAUACUAUUGGACCGCGGUUGCAACGAUAUCUUUGUGUCAAAGCACUGUUCGCUUCGAAUUACGUGUCUGACUGGUGGGAAGAGUACGUCUAUCUCCGAAGCCGAGCGCCAAUCAUCAUUAAUAGCAACUACUAUGGGUUGGAUUAUAUUGGUGACCCGCCUACAAAGAUAUGGGCAGCGCGAGCAGCUAACAUAACCUAUGGUGCACUGCUGUUCAGGCGGCUUAUCGAGAGACAGGAACUCAAGCCGAUCACAAUUUGCAGUGUGCCACUUUGUUCAGGACAGUACGAAAGAACCUUCAACACGACUAGGGUACCGGGGAUAAAUGGUGAUGUCCUGAAGCAUUAUGAAGACUCCCGUCAUAUUGUAGUGUUUCAUCAUGGCUGUUGGUUCCGAGUUACCAUUCACAAUGGAAGACGGCUGCUAACUCCACGAGAGUUAGAAAUAACAUUCCAGAAGAUAUUGGAUUCAGAUUGUCAGCCUGAUCCUGAUGAAAUGCAUAUUGCUGCCCUCACCGCCGCUAACAGAAAGUUUUGGGCAGAAGUACGUUUGCAGUUGCUGAACGACGGUGCAAAUAAGCAGUCUGUGACUAGUAUCGAAACAGCCGCAUUUGCCAUAUGCUUCGAUGACGAUGAAUACGGCUAUGAUCCGAAUGACUACACUAAGUUGGACCACUGGGCAGGAAGCAUGCUUCAUGGAAACGGGUUUGACCGUUGGUUUGAUAAAUCAUUCAAUUUCAUAGUCGGAAGGAACUGUAAGAUUCGAGAAUCUAUCAAUCUCAGCCUGCAGAAUGUGCAAAACUUAAUUCAGGAAGUUGACCUCAAAAUACUGAUGUACAAGGAAUACGGAAAGGGAUUCAUAAAAAAGUGUCAUCUCUCGCCAGACGGAUAUAUUCAGGCUGCCUUGCAGCUCGUAUAUUAUCGGGACCAAGGAAAGUUUUGUCUUACUUAUGAGUCAUCGAUGACGCGUUUGUUCAGAGAUGGUCGUACAGAAACUAUCAGAGCAAAAGAAAGAAAACGAAAACUGCUGAAAGCAGCCUGCGAAGUACAUCGGACAGCUUGUAUUGACGCCAUGUGUGGCAAGGGCGUUGAUCGACACCUGUUUUGUUUAUACGUUGUCGACCGAUACCUUGAAUUGGAUUCUCCUUUCCUCAAAGAGGUUUUGUCUGAGCCGUGGCUUCUUUCCACUAGUCAGACUCCGCAGAAUCAGUCGGCGCUGGUCGAUUACAAGAAGUGCCCUCAAUUCGUUACUUUUGGAGGUGGGUUUGGUCCAGUUGCCGAUGACGGGUAUGGUGUGUCAUAUAUAGUUGUUGGCGAAGACACGAUAAACUUUCAUGUUUCAUCCAAGAGUUCUUGCGCCAAAACGGUGAGCACAAAUACUAUUUUUGUCUUUAACUUGCAAUGCCAGCUUUGUCACGGAUUUCUGAAUAUUUCAUAACU